AUGCGGAUCAAGAACUUUACAGAUUUUCGCCCUAAUGGGCCACCGCCACGGCUGGGCUUGAAGGCGGCGAGCCCCGCGGCGGUGGGCGUGGAUGAGGACUGCAACAGCAACACGAGCCUCGCCGGUAGUCAGCACUCUGCGCACGAUGAACUUGACGCGCACUGUGAUAAUUCCGGAUACCUAUGGUUCCUCGAUUACAAUCCAAUAUAUCGAGACAGUUCCUGCCACCACACGUCCGUACUUUCUUCGGUGUCGGCCUCGUACAAGGGCAUAAGCGAGUUGACCUCUCGUUUUGAGUUUACCUCCCGGUACAACGACAUCGCCCGCGACCUCGACGCCAACCUCGCCGAGGCUGACAUGGAAAGCUUCAGGACAGAAGACAUUCACGCACUCCUAAUGACCGCCAACUUGCCGCAUAACGCCAUAGUCGAUGAUAGAACGCACGAUGGUGAAGAGUCCGUUGGUUCUAUCAACACGAUGUCAAUAUGCAAAUCGGAGCUCCUAUUUUCGCCCGUCAAGGAGGGCGGCCACGGAGUACACUUCAGCGUGGAUAGUCUCGAUUGUGAGUUGCCAACGGAGCAGGACCUUAUCCUCACCUGCCAGGCCAAUAAGGACAACUACACUAUAGCCUUUGAAGGCAGCGUCACCAUUUACUCCGAGGACAGUGAGUGCGCCGAACCAGCCGUCAAUCAAAGACAUGACAAAUACGGUAAAGAAGAAAUUAACGUAGCUACAGAGAGUAAUGAAAGAACGCGCAGGAAUUUAGAAUUAUUAGAGAGAUGUAAGAAAUUGACAAAUAAACUAACUACGUCUAUGGCUAGAAGUGAUUUAGGAUUAACAACGUGGAGUAAACUUAAGAAACAAACCAGUCAGUCCCCGUUAAGGAGGCACCCAUCCGGUAACAAUAAUGAAGACUCAAAUGAUACCAAUAAUCUAACAAGUGAAAUGAAUAAUUCAGUUAUUAAAAGCCAAAGUUUGCCAAAUCUUUAUAGAAGAAAGCUCAUGAACAGCUCGAUCGCAUCAGCCGCACUAAGCAACUCUACGGUCGAUUCUUUCACCACCAAUCAGAGGCUAACAGGCACAUCAACAUGUAUGAAAGUAUACGAUGUAUCUCAAAACCGAUCCUCUCAUGGAAGUCAACACUCAGAACCUAUGAGCACAUCCUCGACGGAAAAUCAUACUUCAUCAGACAAAAGUCAACCAAAACAAUCUUUUAACCUGGUAAAAUUAUUUAUGAAACAAAAAAGUACAAGUAAUGAUGGAAUCGUUACCAUGGAUCAGUUGGAUAGAUCAGAAUGUUGGCCUUCAAGUUCUGGCGGUGAAAGCGGAGAGUCUAUGGGAGAAAAUAAAACAGAAGAUUUCAAAAGGCCACAAAUAGAACUACCUAAUGAUGAAGUCGAAGAAAUAUCAGAGGUUUACGAGGAGAUAAGGCCAACUAAUACCUAUAGCAGAGUCUCUAAAGAAGUAUUAAUCGAAGAAGAAGAAACUGGUGAUGGCACUAAGUUAAGCGAUAGUGAAUCUAAUCUGUACGCCGUUAUAAAUAAGCCACACUUCAGAAGAAUGAACUUAAACGUAAAUAGCCCUUCGAAUAUGAGACUUACUAGAAAGUCUUGCUCUUCUCAAUCUUCUGCAACAAGUGUAAGCAUUUCGAGUUGCUCAGAAUCAGACGGCACGCAAAUAACUAGAAUGAACAAAGUUGCGCAAAAGGAACCGUUUGAUACUAAAGCAACAUCUACUCAUCUUGAAAAUGAUACGCUAGACAAGAGCAUGCAAACUUCGAGUAUGCAUGUAUCAACCAUGUCACAUGACCGAGAAUUGUUUAAAGUCAUAGAGCCCUCGUUUCUAGAAAAACUAAAAGAAGGAGAUUGUGAGAAACCAGUUUUCGUUUUAUAUCCUAACUAUACACUGCCCGAUAUCAGCUUUUUAAAUGGCAGACCAAACAUUUACUUAAAUCCUUUAAAAGUAAAUAUAUCACCGAAAUCAACGGAGAGCAAGAGAAGUAAGAUGCAAAUUAAAGGAAAAAGACCUUUUUCAUGUAAUGAUGUAGAAGUGUUGAAGAAAAAAGGUCUGGGUCACAUCAAGGACUGGGACUCCCUCAACUUUUUACUACCUUUGGAAUGUAAACAACUUUUAUCUGAAAUGCCUGAAUUGAUGCAGCACAUGAAGGAAAAAGAAGGAAACACAACUGCGGUGUCAUCGAGCUCGAGUACAGCAACUCAACCGUCUUCAGGCUACAGAGGUUCAUCUACAAUGCUUACUGAUUCUUCAGCGCAAAACAGUCCAGCUCCUGUUGGGAAUUUCAACCCAUUGUUUGUAUAUCGUUAUGAUUCUGCCACUAGUUCAGAAGCUAGCUGCGUAAAUAACGAUGGUCAGAGAAAUAACCCUUCGAUACCAAAAAGAUCUCUCUCCCUGGCUGAUCAAACUCGAUUGGCAAAACAAAGUGAGUUAGUGCCACCAAGACCACCGUUGCCAAAGAGUAUAUUACGCAAAUCGAUAGAUAAAACUCGAAAAUCGAACGCACACACAAAGCGAUAUAGCAUGUUUGAAUUAGAUGAAUUUAUGCAGGGCCCUACUGUUUGCGCAACAGCUAUGACAGAACAAAAAACAAAAAGGAGGUCCCUUCAAGAACCUUACUAUUUGCAAAAUCAAAAUUUUGAUUAUAGAAAGAACAAUGAUUUAGCAGCAAAGAGACUAUCGCAACAGUUCCUUGAUGCAGCAGAUAAAGAUGCAGAUUACAACGAGUAUUAUCAAGAUGAAGGUGUCGGCACUGAGAGCAGUUUAGAAUCAGGGAAAUCUAAUGAGUUAAAAUUCAACCGGCCGCUUACGCCACCGAUGCCUAAGCCUAGAACAAAGAAAAUGGAGUACAUUGAUUUCCCGCCCCCGGGUGCAUUAAUCAGCAGUGCCGAUCUACAACAAUUAGAAGAAUUCCUCAAGCAAAGCGGAUUUAACUGCCAAAAUAUGGAUGAAUGGGACCAGAACCAAGUGCAAAAGGUAAGGAAUCAGGUCACCAAGUUCCUGCAAAUGAAACGAUCUCAAGAAGAGAAUCAGAGGUCGACAGAUUCUAGCGAAAGUAGCUACAACAGCAAGAAAUCAGUUAGUUUUGCACAAAAGUCUGAUGCAAAGGUUGAUGGUACACAGACUCAACUUAAAUCUAUGGAUGAACUUAAAGUAGGAUGUCUCUCGACCCCACCCAACUCGCCUAAUAUCUCUGCUGCUAUAACACAGAGACACUAUCAGGGUAAGAAUUUAGCCGAAAUACCAAUCUGUGAAGAAGCAGAAGUGAGUCCUGAUGAAUUUAGUAAUCCAACGACGCAUCACGAGGGGAGAUCGAAGUAUGAUGUUAUAGACGUUUCACAAAAGAGAGCCCUCGUUUCGAAUGUUACGGACGCGGUGGAAAUGCUUAUACAGCAUUUCUCCCCUGCAACCGACCAAGCGGAGUUGGCUUUCUUGGGGGAUUCAAAACAGUCUCCAGCAUGUGCCAAGAUAGCUCUUAACGCAUUGUGCCCUGCAUUAUACGCGAUAUUCAGAGACGGUCUGAAAGAGAGCAUCGAAACUUCAUUUGGGGCCGUGAACAACUCCGUUUGGCAAAUGGUGGAAGCAACAGCUAGACAAGGUCCGAUAACGAAGUCGCUUAAUGAAUUAGUAUUAAGAAUAAACAGUGAAGACGCCGUAACGGAAGGGCUUGUUAAGUUCAAUGCAUUUAUUCUGGGACUUCUUAAUGCGCAGACAGUCGACGCAUGGGUGUCCUACGUGCGAACGAGGGAGUCUAUUUUGUCUAAGCAUUAUGGCCCGGAUUCGAUUAUAUUAGCUGGCUGUAUCGGCGAACCGCGAUGCAGGGCACUUUUGGACACACUACUGGCUAGCUUGGAACCUCUGAAGCUAUUACCCUUCUCAUUAGACCUCAUGUUCGAAAUGAGAGAACUUCAUAGAAGCUUCAAGAGGAUCGAAAGCGAAAUGCGAGCCGCCAGCCGACCUUCUGCGAUUAACAACCCACCACUAACACUGAAUCAGCGGAAUCUGCUAAAGUUGGUCCGAUCGAUGCAGUCCAGCGGGUUGUCGAGCGACGAUUGUCUUACGAGCGUAAUUAUGAGACACAAAGAGCCGAAAAAUAGAGAACCGUCCACUCCUGACUUGUUGAAUGAUUCGGCCAAUGUAAAGACAACCGUUGAGAAAAACCGACCGCGAUCGUGCGUCAAUCCAACGACGAUCGGCUACGAUAUUUGUCCGAGUAACAGCAGAAUCGAAUUAGAAAACAAUCGGAGAUGGUCGGGAGUGCAACUCGGCUCGAAGCUAAUGCAGGCCUUUGACCGGCUUAUCCUAGACGACAGCGACGAUUACACCGAUAGCUUAGAGAAUAACAAGCCCUCCACUAAAGCCGGGAUUGAACCUAAGUUGGAGUGUAGCGGCGAGGAAUGGCGACCUGGUUCAGCGGGAAGUUGUGCGAGUGGUAACACCGGCAAUGUUAGUAAUAACUCCGCUAAUGCUGGCAACUCAGGCGGCAAGUUCCGCAGACUGCAGCUCAAGUGGGAAAUGCUCAGCACUGCCGAAAGUCCAGGAACGCCCUCAGGGGAAACGUCUCCAGCGACAACACGAGGCUCGAAAAUCCCGAGGCCAGUAUCGUCGCCAGUACGUCCGCAAGCACCGAACAUGGCUUCGCCAGCUAAAAACACGCAACGUGGUAUCCCGGUUCCUGUCCGUAAAGGCGCAUCACCCACGACAUCUACUCCUCGGUCAACUUCAACUCGAGGGACACCUAAUACAAAGAAACCACCUCAGCCAGCUAAUAGUUCCCGAGUGACGCAAGAGAGGCCGGAGAGGAAAAACAUCGCGAACAAAUCGCGAGUGACAAAAGCAAUCGACGCUGUUGCUAAAAACACGUCCAAUGCUAAGAAAUUACCGACGUCGCGCGUGGACGGCGCAGCGUGGGGCGCGGGGGGUGCGGGCGCGGCGCGGCGUCCGUCGUCACUGCCGUACGGGCGCGCCGCGCCGCCCGCUGCGCCGCGCCGCGCCGCCUCCUCCUCCGCCGCGCGACCGCACUCCGCCGCCGCCAAGCACAAGUACGUAAGAACGCUUUGGCAUCGUCUACCGUCGGACUCCGGUCACCUAGCGUUCAACGAAGGUGAGCGUCUCCGAUUGAUCCUCGAAGUGGACGACCAGUACAUCUUGUGUUGUCGCGGAGACCAGAAGGGGCUCGUGCCCCGGGACGCCGUGCUGUUCGAGGACUUCUGA